AUGGCUAGUUCACUGCUACUUAAAAGUUUAAUUUGCGGACUACCAUUGGGGGGUAUUUUGUUUAGCGAAAUCAGAAGAGUUAAAAAGAUAAGAGAGGAUGAAAGGUUAAAUAAGAGCUUGUUUUUGAAAAAUUUUAAUAGGAAUAAUAUUAUUACAAAGAAAAAAGAAGAAGGAAAUAAUUUUAUUGUGUAUACAGGGGAAAAACAUAAUUUUAACCAUAAUACUCAAGGGAUGGAGGGGAAGAAGAAGGUAAAAGAGAAGGAGCAGGUGGAAAUGGAAGUGGAAGAUGGGGAAUUGGAGGAGGUGCUGAACUAUUUUUAUGGGAAAGCAUGGGGAUAUACAACAGAUUACGAAAUUGAUAUAAGCUUAAAUACUGGGGAUUUAAUUUUUAUUAAACAUGAUUUAUAUAAUAUAAAUUUUUUUAAAAGGAUAAUGCUAAAAAUAAAUAGAUAUUUUCAAAAUGGCAAUAGUGAUUAUGAUGAGAUAGGAAUUAUUUUAAAAAAAUAUAACAUCAGUUAUGUUUAUAUUCAAAACGUUAUUAAUAGAAAGGAUAAAUUAAUACGGUAUUCUUAUUUUUUACAGAAAUAUAAACCAUCUGUUGUUUCUCUACGAAGAUUUAUAAGUGAUGAUGAGAAUAUAAAAAUAGAAUUAAAAAAAAAUAUAGAGGAAAGUUUAAUAUCGAUAGAUAAAGAAAUUAAUGAUCAUAGUAAUUUUUCUAUAUUUUUUGUAGAUUUAUUAUACAAUGCUUUUAAACAAACAGUGCAUCAAAUUAUUAAUAAGAUGUACCACAGUAAGGGUAACCUGUACAACGAUUAUAAUAAUAGAAUGUAUAACAAAAUUAGCUCAAACAUAGAUAUAAAUAACUUAAUUAAUAUGCUUCUGUUUCGAUCUUUUAAUUUAUUUUUUUAUUUUAUUACAUACAUAAGUGAGAAAAGUUGUAACAUUGAUUUAUCUAACAAUGAUAAGAGAAUACUUCUAAAAAAUGUAGAAGAAACAAAAAAAUAUAUCGGUGCAACGUUAAGUAAGGAUAGCUUACUAAAUUAUGAAUUUCCUAUUAAUUCUUUUACGUGUUUUCCAUUUAUUGAGAAAGAUUAUAAUUUGAUAAAGGAUAAAAAUAAUUUCAUUUAUCAAAAACUAAAUGGACAAGUACAAAAAGAGGUAGAAAACUUUGUCUCCUUGAUGGUAGAGAAUGAACAUACUUUAACGGACUCCAUUGAAUAUAUGAAUAAUGCAAAAAAAAAGGAAGAAAAAAAUAGACAGGGAAAAAGAGGGGAAAUGGAAAGUACUUCAUCAUACAUAAGUUAUUCUAACUACUUUAGUAAAAAAAUAAAUUUUUUUUUUGAAAAAUUAUUUUUAAAAUUAAAAAAUUAUACUAUCAGAACAAAUGAUCAUGUUUAUGAUAUAUACAAAAAAACGCAUUUAUUGCCAUCUAUAAAAAAUUAUAACUCCUCUUUAUCUCUAUUUCUAUGUUUGAAUAAUUUCUACAAGCCAUUAAAUACGCAGAAUGUACUCGGUGAUAAAUUUAGUAUACCUAAAUUAUCAAAUCUAUUUCAUGUUAGACAGGAGGAAACUGAGAAGCGGCAAAAAUAUUUUUAUCAAUUUAACAAGGUUCCCAAAGCGUGA